CUUGUCGAAGAAUGCUUCCCUUUAGCAAAGUGUGAGAAACGCUCAGCACGCUCGCUCCAUCGCUUUGCAUUCGUGGAGUCAUCGCCUAGAGUGGUGACGGCGGCUAAGCAAUAUGCUGAUCCCCAAGAAGAACCGAGUGGAGGUGUACAAGUACCUCUUCAAGGAGGGCGUGUUGUAUGCCAAGAAGGAUUACAAUGCCCCCAAGCACCCCGAGAUUGAUGUGCCCAAUCUGCAGGUCAUCAAGCUCAUGCAGAGCUUCAAGUCCAAGGAGUACGUGAAGGAGAACUUCGCGUGGAGGCACUAUUACUGGUAUUUGACCAAUGAUGGCAUUGAGCACCUAAGGACCUACCUCAACCUUCCAUCUGAGAUCGUCCCUGCCACUCUGAAGAAGUCCGCGCGCCCUCCAAGCAGGCCAAUGGGAGGUGCUGGAGGUGACAGACCUCCCCGCGGUCCCCCAAGAGAAGGGGAGAGGCCACGAUUUGGUGGUGACAGGGAAGGUUACCGCAGCAGCGGCGGCCGUGGAGGUGCUUUUGAUGGAGAGAAAGGUGGAGCUCCUGGAGAAUACCGCCCCGAAUUCCGUGGUGGACGUGGUGGUGGUUUUGGCCGAGGAGGUGGUAGCUUUGGAGGUGGUGCGCCUGGUGCUAUUACUGAAUAGAGACUCUUACUGAGUGUGUCUUUUACUCUUCUCCAUUCUGUGGUUUGUGGGGCUCCUUUGUAGCAUCAGCUCGGCAGGGUUUUGGGUUUGAAGUUAAAAGUUGGAAACUGUAACUCUGAUCACUGCGUAAUUCGAAUGUCCGCAAUAAACUUUGUCGGAGAAUCACCAAUUUCACUCGCA